AUGGGCGCACUGUACAAAUAUCUGUUUGUUUUGAUCGAGCAGUUCAAAUUUGUAAAUAAACAAACUGGUCGUCUCGCCGGCCUCGCCGGUCGUUCGAUGGUCGAUUUCGUUUUAGCCACGGAAUUCUACAAAAACUGGUUCGGGGGUGGCAGGGGCCGUCCACUGGAAAAGGAAUCGACGCUGGCGCUGCAGGGUCUGCUGCUUUGCCCGGAUCAAGCGUCGGUGAUCAUCCAGGAAGAUGUCGUAGUUUGCCCUGCCGAUCCUGUCGAUCACGGUUCCAGCCUCCCACGCCCAAGAGUUAGCACGUUGAAUCUGCGCGAAGACGACAUCAAUGUGCUUAAUGUUCUGUUUGGUCGCGCCGUCCAAGCGCUGGUGCUUGGGAUGAAAUGCUCGCUAUGGAUUCCGAUCUAG